CACUGCAAAUCAAAUUGACAUCUCAAUUGCUUUGCUAUAUGGCUCAUGACAGCAAUGACAUGACACCAAAUGAUGAAUCAUCUCCAUAAUUCCAUUUGAUGAAUCAUCUAAACAAUCAAAGAUCUGCCUUUGUAUUUAUAGCUGUAAGUGAAACUGUUAGUUUUGCAUAAUAUAAACACUGACCCGGGCCGGGGCAAAGCUAGAGCGCGUCACCGGCAGGUAGGUGGGGUUUAACGGGGCUGAUUAUUUACGUUUUUUUGCAGCAGCAGAGCUCUCCGGGAUGGCAUAAGAGAGUGGCUGUUACUACGGGAGGAGAAAACCUACCGAACGAAAGACAGAUAGCGUCGUCCCCUCGGCGAUGGCACGACUAGAGGUGUUUUUGWUCACAGCUCGUAUUUCGUCUGGGAAUUCUGCUUCCUUUAUUGGCUAUUCCUGAUCCGUACUCCAACCGACACCUCCAAUUAUGGAUUGUACUGAAGUUCCACCUUUUGUAUUUUUGCGUCAAGACAAUCGAGCGAAAUAAGAGGAAACGAUCAAGGACUGCUGUGGGCUAUUAUCCAUUCCGGACUGUUCUCCAUAUAUAGACAAGAGUCGUUGAGAAAUGCAUGCGUGUUUAGGAUUUUGGUAGGCUAUUUUGUUUCAAUCCUCCGGUGCAAUAUUCAGGAUAUUCCAUUGGUUUACGCGUAAAGGACAUGGACACAAGGUGUUUUAGCUACCAGAAACUAUCCCUGUAGUUAGAAUAGAUGCCUUCGUGUUGUCACGUUUUGCUAUUAACGGCCUGAGAUGAUAUAACUGCAGUUUAGAUGAUUGCUUUGCUCUGUUAGGAAUAGUGCGCUGCUGUAGUUAAGCCCUUUUUUUAACMRCUGAUCRCCUUUAGGGUUUCAGAAAUAMCCUUUUGUUAAUUUUGACAACAGAAAACUCUUUAUUUAAUUUUUUUAUUCAUAUGUAUUUCAUAUGAACGCAAGUAACCUAUUCUGAGCUGCUGUGUACAGUUGUAGGCUAUAACUUGGAAACAAAUCUCCCCACCUCACUARCAAGGUGACAGUAGGAGUAGGGUUGCAGAGUGAGCAGAGUUCUCUGUAACAGAACGACAGAAGGACAAUAGCCAUGGCUCUCCCCGAUAACACCCCCAGCAUUCCUUUAGGGGAAGAAGUCAUCUUCCCUGAGAUAGUAGAGCUGAACGUGGGCGGCCAGGUGUACAUCACUCGCUAYUCAACCCUCAUCAGCGUACCAGACUCUCUCCUGUGGGAGAUGUUUAGCAGAAAAUCCACCAAAGGUCUGGCGAGGGACACCAAGGGCCGUUUCUUCGUGGACCGUGAUGGUUUCCUGUUCCGGUAUAUUCUGGACUACAUGAGAGAUCAGCAGCUGGUGCUSCCAGACCACUUCCCAGAGCGGGGUCGCCUGCAGCGGGAGGCUGAGUUCUUCAACCUACCUGAGCUCAUAAAGAUUCUGGCGCCCAAAUUCAGCAAGCAGAACUCGCUAGGCGACGAGGGGUGUCAGAGCGACCCGGAGGACUCCUCGCCGGGCAUCGACACCGGGCGCAACCURGCCUCGCUGGGCACUGCCGCCUGCGCCAGUCUGGUCCCCAGUGGAGACGGUAAACGCUCGGGAUUCAUCACCAUCGGUUAUCGCGGCUCCUAUACAUUGGGGCGUGACAGCCAGACCGACGCCAAGUUCAGACGAGUUGCUCGCAUUAUGGUUUGUGGCAAGACGUCGCUGGCUAAAGAGGUGUUUGGGGAGACGCUGAACGAGAGCCGGGAYCCGGACCGACCUCCAGAGCGCUACACGUCACGAUACUACCUCAAAUUCACCUUCCUGGAGCAGGCCUUUGACAGGCUGGCAGACGCCGGGUUUCACAUGGUGGCCUGUAACUCCACGGGGACCUGCGCCUUCGCUCACGAGCAGACGGACGACAAGAUCUGGACCAGCUACACUGAAUACGUGUUCUACCGUGAGUGAGACCAUCAUCAUCCCUGGUCCCCGGUCCCCCUAGUGGUCCCCAGCAUCCAGCCUCCUCUACUCUUUGCCUCCCUGGAUCCAGCCCUGGGUCCCCUUGCCUCCCUGGAUCCGCCCU